AUGGCGAUUCUUGUACCCUCAGCACAUCCACGUGAAUCAUUUCCAUCCGACGCCAUCGCCAUCGUGGGUGCUGCUUGCCGCCUCCCCGGUGCCGAUAACCUUGAAGAACUAUGGCAUAUAAUUUCUCAGGGAGAGAUCAAGGCUGAAGAGGUCCCUGAAGAUCGAUUCAAAAUAAACGAGACAUUUCGCGGCCAGCAAGAUCAAGAAUGGAUCAAGAGAGGAAAAUUCUACGGCAACUUUGUCGAAGAUGUGGCCGCCUUUGAUAAUGCUUUCUUCGGCAUCAGCCCUCGGGAAGCAAUAUAUAUGGACCCUCAACAACGACUUUUGUUGACUACGGCAUUUGAGGCCAUGGAUUCUAGUGGGUAUCUGCACACACAUCGUAAGGAAGAUGGCGACUCCGUCGGGUGUUUCAUUGGAUCCACGUACACAGAGUAUCUGGAAAAUACUUGUGCUUACAGCCCAUCCGCAUUCACAGCUCCGGGAACGAUUCGCGCAUUUUUGUCUGGGAAGAUCAGCUACUGCUUUGGGUGGACGGGACCAUCAGAAGUAAUUGAUACGGCAUGCUCUGCGUCGCUUGUGGCUAUCCACCGGGCCUGUCGUGCCAUCCAAGCCGGAGACUGCAGUAUGGCGCUGGCAGGUGGUGUUAACAUUAUCACCGGGAUCCACAACUAUCUAGACUUGGCAAAAGCUGGGUUUCUCAGUCCAACAGGGCAGUGUAAGCCAUUUGAUGAAUCGAGUGACGGCUACUGCCGUGCGGAUGGAGUAGGUCUGGUUGUCUUGAAGCAUUUGGACCAGGCCAUCAGUGGUGGCGAUCAUAUUAUGGGCGUGAUCCGCGCUUCUGCCACAAAUCAGGGAGGACUUCACGCGUCCUCGAUUACCGUACCUGACCCAAAGGCCCAGCAAGCUCUGUACAGAAAUGUUAUCUCAAGGUCAGGAAUCCAGCCCGAGCAAGUAUAUUACAUCGAAGCGCACGGCACUGGCACACGUGUUGGAGACCCCAUUGAGAUAGAGAGUAUUCGGAAUGUUUUUGGUGGGCCUCAACGGAAAGAACCGCUGCAUCUCGGCUCGUUAAAAGCCAAUGUUGGUCACAGUGAGACAGCUGCAGGGGUGGCCAGUUUGCUGAAGGUUAUAGCAAUGUUUACACACCAGAGCAUUCCCCCGUUGGCAGGGUUCAAGGCGUUGAACCCCAAGAUCUCGUCACUCGAGCCGGAUGGACUCAUAAUCCCCACAAAGAUUGUACCGUGGAAAAUAGAAAAUCGCAACGCAUGCAUUAACAGCUACGGUGCUUCCGGAAGCAACUCAGCCUUGAUAUGCUCCGAGUUUCCGAGGGAGUCGAGUCUUCAGAAGAGACACCCAGCUCCGUCUAGGCCCUACCCAGUGCUGCUGACUGCAGCUUCAAAGCAAAGUCUGCGUUUAUACGCCAAUGAGCUGGUUUCAUACAUACUCAAAUCACCCCCCGGUCUGAAUGUCGGCGAUAUUGCGUAUACGCUCAGUGAGCGACGCAAACAUCACCGCUUCCGUUGGAGCGCUACCGUAGCGGACCUCCCCGGCUUGUUGCAACAGCUACAGUCAGAUAUCCAGCCAUUGGAAAUCCCUAAGAGACCCAAACGGGUGGUGCUUGCCAUAUCGGGUCAGAGCAAGACUAAUAUCGGUCUGAGCUCCGAGGUGUGCGAGGCAAACCCCCGGUUCAUGGCUUAUGUGGAUGCCUGCAGCCAGAUUCUGAUGGACCUGGGACACCCCGAUAUUCGCUCAGCACUUUGUCAGCCGGAGCCCAUUGAGGACGUAGUUGUCCUACAAUGCGGUACUUUCGCAGUGCAAUAUGCAUCCGCGAGAUGCUGGCUUGACGGCGGACUCAAGUUAGACGCGGUAAUUGGUCACAGCCUGGGUGAACUCACGGCGCUUGCUGUUUCAGGUGUGCUGUCCCUAACCGAUGCCCUGAGGCUUGUCUCACACAGAGCCCAUUUGAUGAGCACGAAAUGGGGCCCUGACUUGGGAGCUAUGCUCGCUGUCCACACCGACUUGCAUACUGUUCGAGACCUCAUAAGAUCCGUAAGGACAAUCAUCAGCUCACCGGACGAAACUCUUGGGAUUGGCUGCUACAAUAGCCCAAAAAGCCAUGUUAUUGUGGGAAAGGAGUCGUCCAUUAUCAUGGCGGACAUUAUUUUACGGAACGAUCAUCGAUACACCGGUAUCCGCGCACAGCAUUUGAAUGUGAGCCACGGCUUCCACUCUCAAUUGACCGAGCCUCUUCUCGAUGAUCUGGUUGGGUUUGCUCAGACACUUGAUUUCAGAAAGCCCAAGAUCCCAUUGGAAACGUGCACCGAGCACGCCUCAACCCCACUAGGACCUACAUACCUGGCCGAUCAUUCGAGAAAGCCUGUGUACUUUGUCAACGCGGUUCGACGUCUUGAAGAACGCCUGGGCCAGAGCGUCUGGCUUGAAGCAGGUUGGAAAACGCCAGUGGUGCCUAUGACAAAGAAGGCUGUUUCUCACCCCGAUGCUCAUACCUUUCAGUCGACGGCGCCGAUUGAAACGGCUACAGCUAACCUAUGGCGCGAGGGAGUUGGUAACUCUUUUUGGGCCUUCCUUACCCCCAAGGAGGUGGGCCUCAGGCAAAUCUGGCUGCCCCCGUAUCAAUUUGAGCGCCCGCAGUACUGGCUUGAGUACGUUGACCGUGCUAUCGAGGAGAAGAAAAAGAAGACCGUUCCAAUCACUAAUGGACAUGAUUGCGGAUCGCCUAAGGUGAGAACCUUGGUAAGCUACCACGGAUAUGAUGCCCGCAAUAGUGCGUCUCAUAAUUUCCGCAUCCACACCGAAACCGAAAGAUACACACGCAUCGUCCAGGGCCAUGCAGUCCGGAAACAACCUCUCUGCCCCGCAUCCAUGUAUAUGGAGUGUGCAACAAUAGGGGCUCUGAUGCUAGGAUCUGAGAUAAGUGGAAAGGCACUCAACUUCCAAAACAUCACCUUCCAUCGCGGACUCGGCUGCGACAACAGUUUGAAUGUGCGAAUGCGAAUUGACCAUCGACCCGAGACCGAUACUUGGAGGUUCGCCGUUCAAUCAUCGGACACCACCCAUGCUGAGGGUAAUCUUGGGAUGUCACCGGCAGCAGAUGCUGACUUCAAACUGUACUCGCUCCUUGUUUCAGACCAGAUCACGGCGCUGUACAACAACCCGAACGCAGAGAAGCUUCUAACCCGUCGAGCGUAUUCUCUAUUCUCCAGAGUUGUGGAAUACGGAGAGCUUCUUCAGGGUAUUACUACUAUCACCCUUGGAACAAAUCAAGCGGUAGCACAGAUCAGGGUUCCAAGCGUGACGUUUGCGCGACAGGAAAGCACGGCCGCAGAUAUUCUCGAUGCGCGAACUCUGGACACAUUCAUCCAGGUCCUGGGCCUGUUGAUCAAUAGCAGCGCGGAUUCCAACUCCGACAGCGAGGUAUACGUCGCUACCGCGAUAGAUAAGAUGGUCAUUCGGCCAAGCGACUUUCAAUCUUCCCAGACGUGGACCGUCUUUGCCACGUUUUCAGUCGUUGACAACAAGAACAGAAGCGGCGCAAUCUUUACCUUUUCAGAGACAGGGGAAUUGGUCGUGGUAGGAUCUGGGAUUCGGUUCAUGAAGAUUCAAGCUGCGAGUCUGGAACGGAUGCUAGGUGGGAGUACCCCCAAGGCAGUCGCAGGAACCUCUUCGAUUUCUGCAGAAAAGAUAAUCACGAAUAGUGGCAUUAACGGGAGUACUCUAUCCGCCCCGGAAGCCAACGGUCACGGCCCAGACAGGCUGCAAGAGCUGGAGGCACUCCUAUCCAGCUACACCGGUGUGCCCGUGAAUGAGAUGAACGAGGAUGAAAGCUUAGGAAGCAUGGGUUUGGACUCGUUGGCAACGGUUGAAUUGGCUGACGAGCUCAAAGCCACCUUCAGUGUUCAUGUGGACUCAGAUGACCUAGCAGCAAACAGCAUCAAAGAUUUGAAGAAGCAUUUUGGUGCUCCGAUGCCGAAUGGAGCGUCUAGCGGUCAAGUCAACAGACAUACGCACAGUCCGGAGACCUCGUCAAAAGCCCGUCCAAGCUUAAGGCAUAAGGUUGAGACAAUGGUGUAUAAAGAGCUUGAAGGGGUCGAGAUUCUCGCGGACGUAUUCAUCCCGUUGGACGCACCACGGCGCGCCAUGCCCCUAGCUCUGAUGAUCCACGGCGGCGGCCACAUGACCCUAUCGCGGAAGGCAGUACGACCAGCACAGACAUCAUUUCUGCUCGCUCAGGGCAUUCUCCCAAUCAGUAUCGACUACCGGCUCUGCACGGAGGUCAACAUCAUUGACGGCCCCAUUUCUGAUGUGAGAGAUGCAUACGCUUGGGCGCAUCGAGACCUCCCGCAGAUACUGAAGGCAAGGAGUCUUGAAGUAGACCCUACGCAGAUUGUGGUUGUCGGAUGGUCAACCGGUGGUCAUCUUGCCAUGACAACGUCAUGGACGACACUGGCAGCAGGCCUCUCGCCACCGGUAGCUAUCCUGGGCUUCUACUGCCCGACGAACUACGAUCCCUCCGCCCAGCAACAGAUGGGCAAGGAGUACCCCCCUCGCAUGAUGUCCAUGAGCGAAAUCCGCCGCGCCCUCCCAACAAGACCGAUAACCACCCACGCCCCCAACACAACCGACACUACUAGUCUAGGCUGGCUCCAACCCGGGGAUCCUCGAUCAGAACUCGUCCUCGCCCUCAUCAAAGAGGAGAACGGCAUGGGCCUGCUCAUAAAUGGCAUACCCACCGAAGGCGAACAAAUUCCCGCCCCCGACCUCAACCGUGCCGCUGCCAUCAGCCCGCUCGCGCAACUUCGUGCCGGCAAUUACCGCACCCCGACAUUCCUCAUCAUUGGCGAGGAAGAUGAGGUUGUCCCUUUUAAUACGGCCGUGGAAUUCGUCGCCACGUUGAAAGACCACGGGAUCGAAUGUGGGCUCCUCGCCAUCCCUGGAGCCCGACAUAUUCAUGAUCUUUCCCUGAUGCCUGGGUCAGAGGGGUGGGAAGAGGGUGUGGCGCCUGGGUAUAGGUUCUUGCUUGAGCGGAUUGAAGGGCGGGAUGAGGUGGAGGGGUGA